AUGACUAUUCAUCUGCCAGAAUCCACACCGGACACAACCUACUUGUACGGUUAUGCACUUUUAAUAUCCACGUUUGUAAUGUUUAUGGCGUCUUUCUAUUCAAUUAUCAUCAGUCAAUAUAUGCCAGAUACAAAUAUAAAGGUGCUGGACUGGAUAAAGUAUGAUGAUUAUUACUGCCUCUUAAUACCGAUAUCAGCACUUGUCUUUUUUUACUGGAUAAUGUGGAACUGGAUGGGAAUGAAGUUUUUUCGUCACAAUUAA